AUGCCGGGAGCGCGCUCGGCGCGAGCCCGGGCUCCGCUGACGUCAGCGACGGCUCGGCGCCGUGCGGCCCUAGUCACCACCGUCGCCGGCCAAUUAUUAUUUUCUACACACGGACAAGAACGGCGUGAAACAAAAGGCGACGGCGGCGGCGGGGCGCGGGCGGAGAGAGCUCGCCGCAGGAGCGACGCGCGGCGCCAUCUAGCGGGUCACGCGGCGACCACUCGAGCCUACUCCUUUCGGGUCUGCGGACGAUCGAAUCGUGACGGGACCGCCGCGACGCCCGAACCUCACUGGCGUCGAAAACACUGUCACUGUACGGUGGUGACGCGCGGCGCGCCGGCCGCCGGGUGCUGUCGGGGCGCUACGCGCUGCGUCUGGUGCGUGGAGCGGGUCGUACCGUCGUCAGAGCGUGGCUGCGUGUCGUGGUGGCGGUCGGGGGGGCCAUGCUGUCAGGCGGCGCGUGAGAGGCGCGGGCCGGGCAUGGCGGGCUCCUGCUCGACACUGCGGUGCGGGCGUCCGCGGCGCGCGCUGCACGCCACUGGGCCGCGCACCGCCCGCGCCCGCCUCCGCCGCCGCUGCGCGCGCACGCCCGCACUAGGCGACACGGCCGCACCGCGCCUUCGACGCUCCGCCGCCGGCCUGCAGCCGCGUGCACCGGCACCACACCGCCCACACAACACAACGCGCGCCACCUAUCGAUUGUCGCCUCCACUCGCCCCUGCACUCUUCGAAAAAGGUCGCUGCGACGCACUUCAGCGUGCACAAAAGUGGUCACAGCUGAACCCGCUGACACGCUCCGGCCAUUGU